AUGGAAGCUAACAGUGACAGAUGCACCCGCGAACUUCCCAAAUGCGCCGCUUGCAAGCCAUGGCCUGGGCCAUGCAACUAUGCCAGGCAGUUUCCCGACCCGGUGGCAGCUCCGGUGGCAGCUCCGUCGUCAGCAACCCUGGAACCAGCAAACAUCUUUGUUAGCUCUUCUCUCCCUGACCGGCUUGACCGAAUCGAGGCCACGCUGCAGACUCUCACAGCCGCCGUGACAAAACUGCUCGCUGUCACCGAGGCCAAGAGCUCCCAGGAGCCAAAGCCCGAGUCAAACCCGGCAGCAAAACAACCAGACGAAACAGACAGAUCGACGCGCUCAAAAACAACAUGCACCAUCACGCCCCCCGCCAUCUCCUCCCUCGACGAAGCCAACGCACAUUUGGGAAACAUCAUCCCCAGCCACGACGACCACGACGAUCACAACGACCACAGCCUCGCCCUCCAAAACCUCACCGACCUAUCCAACACCCUCACCUCCUUCCGCCUCGACAUGUCCCUCGACCUCGGCCCCCACGACAACAGACAGUACAUCAUCCCCUCCCUCGAAACCGGCAACCUCAUCAUCUCCAAAUUCACGCCCCUAACCCUCUUCGCCUCCCCCUUCUUCACCCCCCCCUCCCUUCGCCUCCUCUCGACCAUCAUCUUCUCCCCCGGCACCGUGGCCCCCGGCUGGAUAAUCUACGCAAACUACUUCCUCCUCUCCUCCCCGAUAACCGCCACCCUCUUCCCCUCCUCCGUCCCCCACUGGCGUCACAACGUCCGCCUAGCCCUCCAAAACGCGUCUUUAUACCUCCACCCCAGCAAGGUAAACAUCGCAGCCUUCACCAUGCUCAGCUUUCACGGGGAAGAUUUCGCGGCGAGCCCAAACGUAAGCUGGAUGCUCUGCAGUCACCUAUGCCGUAUGGCGCAAGCCUUAAGACUAUGGGAGGGAGGGGGGGCAGAGGAAGGGGAAGGGGAAGAGGAAAAACAGAGGGGUUUGGCCCUGUUUUGGGCGAUUUACAACAUGGAAAAGUGUUGUGCUUUGACGUUCGGACGGUCGCAGGUUGGGUUGUGGGAGGGGGUGGAUGUUGAGCGGGUGGAGAUGCCGAGGGGGGAGUGGUUUGGGGGUUUCAGGCCGCACUUGACGGAUCAGAGGAGGGCUAAGGGGGUUGAGGGGGUGGAUGCCGAGUUUGGGGGGUAUAUCUUUCUGAGGAAUGUCGAGCUGGCCAAGCUGAGCGGGAGGGUGUUGGAGUAUUUGGGGAAGGGGGAGGGGACAGAAGAGGAGAGGGAGGUCUUGAAGGGGAGGUUGGCGGAGUGGUUCAGGGAGACGGAUGAGACGUUUCGGAGGCGGGUGGAGAGGGAACGACAAGGGGGGGUGCCGGGAGCGGGGGUUGAUGUGAAGAGGGAGAAGGUGAUGAGGUUGUAUGAGUUUACGGUCAAGUUUCGGUAUCUGCAUGUGCUGAUUAUUCUGACAAAGGACUCGCCGGGGGAUCGGGGGUUGAGGGUGGAGAGCGCGAGGCAGGCGAUUGGGAUUUUGCCCAUGACGAUUUCGGGGUGGGAUCCGGUUUACAACGGGGUUAUAUGGUGCGUAUUUGUCUUUCAACAGGGUCGGGAUUCAAGCUGA